AUGGUCUUUCAGGUGCGAGGCACGCCGAUUGGCGCCCUCACCCUCUUCAUCGCCAUGCUCGCCUCCAUGGGUGGCUUCCUCUUCGGCUGGGACACGGGUCAGAUUUCCGGUCUCACCCAGAUGGCCGACUUCCGUCAGCGCUUCGCCACCGUCGACAACCCCGAUGCGAUCGGCGGCAAGGACUGGAACCCGUGGCUCGAAGGCGUCGUCGUCUCGCUCCUCAGCGUGGGAACGGCCAUCGGUGUCAUGAUCGGCGCUCCUCUGGCUGACUCGCUCGGUCGACGAUGGGCCAUGGUCGUCGAGUGCAUCAUCUUCGACAUUGGUGUCAUCAUCCAGGUCACCUCUUUCACCGCCUGGUACCAGGUGGCCAUCGGUAGGCUCGUCACCGGUCUCGGUGUUGGCGCCCUUUCCGCCGCCGUGCCCCUCUACCAGUCCGAGACUGUGCCGCGCCAAGUCCGAGGUGCCCUCGUCGGUACCUACCAGCUUUUCAUCACCCUCGGCAUUCUGCUGGCCUAUUGCACCAACAUCGGCACCCGCAACUACGGCAACUCGGGCGAGUGGCGCGUGCCCAUCGCCCUCGGCAUCUUCUUUUCCACGAUCCUCGCCGUCGGCAUUCUCUUCUGCCCGGAGUCGCCCCGUUGGCUCGCUGCCCGAGGCCGCAACGAAGAGGCCUACAAGUCGUGCGCGGCGGUGCGUGGCGCCAAGUAUGGCGAUGGCAACCCCUGGGUCGAGGCCGAGUACCGCGAGAUCAUCGCCGUGGUCAAGGCCGACGAACGAAUGGAGGAGGCCGGCUGGAUCGACUGCUUCAAGCCUCGAAACAAGACGCUCUACCGAACCCUGCUCGGCAUGACGCUGCAGGCCGGCCAGCAGUUCACCGGUGCCAACUACUUCUUCUACUUUGGCACUGCCAUCUUCACCUCGGUCGGCCUGAGCGACUCGUUCGUCACUCAGAUCAUCCUCGGCGCCGUCAACUUUGCCUGCACUUUCCUCGGUCUCUACAUCCUCGAGCGCUUCGGUCGACGCUGGCCUCUGAUCUACGGUGCUGCUUGGCAGUCGUUCUGGCUCUUCGUCUUUGCCAUCGCCGGUGUCGUCGGUGGUCCCCAGCCCGACCAGAUCUCCAAGGGCGUCGGCAACCUGCUCAUCGUCUCUGCGUGCCUCUUCAUUCUCGGAUACGCCUCCACCUGGGCUCCCGGUAUCUGGGUCUGGAUCGGCGAGAGCUUCAGCUACCGCACCCGUGCCAAGCAGGCGUCGCUCGCCACCCUUGCCAACUGGGUCUCGAACUUCCUCAUCUCGUACUUUAGCUCGCCCAUCGCCACCGAGAUCAACUUUGCCUACGGCUUUGUCUUCGCCGGAUGCAACUUGGCCAACACGCUCGUCGCCUACUUCUUUGUCUACGAAUCCGCCGACCUCACUCUCGAGGACGUCGAUGCCAUGUACAACGACCCCAACUGCAAGGCGUGGCACUCGACAAAGUGGGUGCCUGCCGGCUACACGUCGCGCGACCAGAUCAAGGAGAAGGACAGCGGCCAGGCAAGCGAGGUGGGCGAGUGGAGCAACUCGCCCUCGGCGCUCCCCGGCGAGCAGGAGAAGAACAAGGCCAACCCUCUUCAGAACGUCCGAAACAGUGUACCCUUUAACGAUCCGGUGAUUGAGAUGACGAGGGAGUUGAAGAACGUCGAGCUUUUUGGCCGGGGAGGAAAUCUCGGAAUUCGGAGCGACAAACGGGCUGAGAAGCGACUGGCCAAAUUUGCCUUCGAUGCUGCUUCAUUUCUCCACCUCGUACGCUCAUCCGCCCUUUUACUCGACCUCGUCAACAUCAUGUCGCUCUUUGGACUUGGAGGCGGCUCUUCGCCUGCCGCAAACAACGCAGCUGUCAGCUCGGCUCAGAUCGAGGCUGCUACCGCCGAACUCGAGAUGGUCACCGACGUCUUCAACCGCCUCGUCUCGUCGUGCCACGCCAAGUGCAUCUCCACAAGAUACGCCGAGCCCGACCUCAACAAGGGCGAAAGCAUCUGCAUCGACCGCUGCGUCAGCAAGUUCUUCGCUGUCAACGGAAAGGUCAAUGAGCUCAUGCAGUCCAUGGGCCAAGCCGCGCAGGGCGGUGCUCCCAGCGGUGGAGGAUCCUUCUUUGGAUGA